UAGCAGGUUGUCCAGCCGCAGUUUACCUUCACAUUCACAAAUCCACAGUUUGCUAUUAUAAACGGCGAUUGCUAGUCACAAUGAUGCGGCGGCAACAGUCCUUUCGCUUCGAGGACCAAGACUCUUCCUCCAUGGCCAUGCGGAUGAAUCGUCGUUUUUCACGCGUAGAGUCCGGUGCGGACCUAAAGGAUUACUUUGAUCGCGGCGAUAUUGCGUCACGGGAGAACCGAUGGAACUUCGAGGUGGCUUGGGAGGUGGCCAACAAGGUCGGCGGCAUUUAUACAGUAAUUCGCUCCAAGGCCUAUGUCUCCACCGAGGAAAUGGGCGAGCAGCUGUGCAUGAUGGGACCCUACAAGGAGAGCUGUGCCCGCACCGAGAUGGAGGAAAUGGAAUUUCCACGCGGCAAUCCGUUGUUGGAUGCCGUGAAUACGCUGCGCUCGCGUGGCUAUAAAAUUCACACCGGUCGCUGGCUGGUCGAUGGCAAUCCGCAGUUGAUACUGUUUGACAUUGGCUCUGCCGCCUGGAAGUUGGAUCAGUUCAAGUCGGAGAUGUGGGAGAAGUGCAACAUUGGCAUUCCUCACUUGGACAUAGAGACUAAUGAUGCCGUCAUUCUCGGUUUCAUGAUUGCCGAGUUCCUCGAAGAGUUCCGCAACUUUGCCAUUUCCUAUUCGCAAAACAACGAAUUGAGUCCACCGCGCAUCGUUGCCCACUUCCACGAGUGGCAGGCUGGUGUUGGUUUAAUUGUGCUGCGCACUCGUCAAGUUGAAAUUGCCACCGUGUUCACCACACAUGCCACACUCCUGGGUCGCUAUCUGUGUGCCGGCAACACCGAUUUCUACAAUAAUCUGGACAAGUUUGCUGUGGAUGAAGAGGCCGGCAAGCGACAAAUCUAUCAUCGUUACUGCCUAGAACGCGGCGCCACUCAUCUGUCGCACAUUUUCACAACCGUCUCGGAAAUUACGGGCUAUGAGGCGGAGCAUCUGCUGAAGCGCAAGCCAGACAUCAUUACGCCCAAUGGCCUCAAUGUCAAGAAGUUCUCAGCCAUUCACGAGUUCCAGAACUUGCACGCCGUUGCCAAGGAAAAGAUCAACGAAUUUGUUCGGGGUCACUUCUAUGGUCAUAUGGACUUUGAUCUGGACAAAACGCUGUACUUCUUCAUUGCUGGUCGCUAUGAGUUUGGCAACAAGGGCGCCGACAUCUUCAUCGAGUCAUUGGCUCGUCUCAAUGCCAUGCUUAAGCACGAACGCCCCGAUACUACAGUGGUGGCCUUCCUCAUCUUUCCCACCAAGACGAACAACUUCAAUGUGGACUCGUUGCGUGGUCAUGCUGUAAUUAAACAGCUGCGUGACACCAUCAACAAUGUGCAGCAGGCGGUGGGCAAACGUAUGUUCGACACUUGCCUCAAGGGACACAUUCCCGGCCCCGAUGAGCUGCUGCAGAAGGAUGAUCUGGUCAAGAUCAAGCGUUGUAUGUUCGCCAUGCAGCGCGACUCAAUGCCACCGGUGACCACGCACAAUGUGGCCGACGAUUGGAACGAUCCCGUGCUCGCCGCGAUCAGGCGUUGUCAUUUAUUCAAUUCAGUGCACGAUCGCGUCAAAAUGGUCUUCCAUCCGGAGUUCUUGACUUCGACAAAUCCACUGUUUGGCAUUGAUUACGAGGAAUUUGUACGUGGCUGCCAUUUGGGAGUGUUCCCCUCAUACUACGAGCCCUGGGGCUAUACGCCAGCCGAGUGCACUGUCAUGGGUAUCCCAAGUGUGACCACAAAUCUGUCUGGUUUCGGUUGCUUCAUGCAGGAGCACAUCAGUGAUCCAAAGUCCUAUGGCAUCUACAUUGUAGAUCGUCGCUACAUCGGCCUGGAGAACAGCGUGCAACAAUUGUCCACCUUCAUGAUGGAAUUCUCACGUCUGAAUCGCCGACAGCGCAUCAUUCAGCGCAAUCGCACGGAGCGACUCAGCGAUCUGCUCGACUGGCGUACGCUGGGCAUUUACUACAGACAGGCUAGGGUGAAGGCCUUGCAGGCCGUCUAUCCUGAUUAUGUGGACGAAUCCGCCAUGUACGGUUCUCGUAGUAACUUGAUUUUCUCACGUCCACACAGCGAGCCACCAAGUCCGACCUCAUCGCGUCACACUACUCCGGCGCCUUCGGUGCAUGGCUCGGAUGACGAGGACUCUGUGGAUGAGGAAACUGAGCUCAAGGAGUUGGGUAUUAAGUAAUUCAGCCUGCCCCCCACACCCGCGAAGUUCGUCGUCAGCAGCAUUGGCUUUACGAACAAAACCAUACAGCGCAAUAUUACCAUAAGUUUAGUAAUUUUGUUUUCACAUAUUUAAAAUGGAAGAGGGGCGGCACAAAUGUUCAAAAGGUCAAACAGUCGCGACCACGCCCACGUCAACGCCCACAAAAAUACAAAAAAAAAAAAAAUAAUAAGUAAAUACAAUCUACCUAAAAAUGCUGCAACUGUUUUCUAAAACGAAAUUUAUACGCUCAGCUAGAACAAUUUAUGAGUACAUUUGCAAGUUGAAUCAAAUAAGAGAAAGAAUUCUAUUAAAUGUUGUUUAGUCUAUAAGCAGAGCAAAGUCCCCAUCCCCUGCCCCUAACCCACCCCACAAACACACAUACACGCAAAUGUUAUAGGAAACCAUUAAAUUAUUAUUUACUAUUGGCACACACAUAAAUUGGCCACGGACAAAUUGACCUUAUCAAAUUAUGAAUUGCUAUAUACUUAUGUAGUACAUAAAUACAAUACGAGUGUUUGCAAUUUGUUUGUUAUUCAAAUGUUUUUAAAUAAAUCUAUGUACAAUGCGAGAUUAAAAACAAAACUUAGCACACCUCCCAUAUAAAAAGUAUACUCGUAUAUGACAAAGUAGUCAAAUUAAAUUAUUUAAUUGAAUUGGGUAAAACAUUUCCAGCAGCACAUCCCUUUAACCAAAAUGUAUCGUAUAUUAGAACAUAAUAAUAACACUAUCUUGCCUCCUAAUGAUUAACCAACAAUUUGCAUGGUUUAACAAUAAAACAAUUUGUGUUAGCAAUCAUACAAAAUAUAAUCUACAUUUUUUGCACAUGUAAUCCCACAUGAAUGGUGUGUGUUUUUUUUCUAUUAGGAACUGAUCAAUCAGCGAAUGCCAACAUUAGAUACGCGCAAUUGGAAAAGAAUUUAAAACUUUAUUGGCGAAACGUCACAGUCUUAAGAUCGUAAUCGAAUUCGAGAUUAGAUUAAGAUUAUGACCAUAUAUAAUAUUUGCAGUGUUUAAACUAAAGGAAUCUCAUAACAUAA